AGGGUGGUGCAGACCCCUGGGCGGGGCUCACGGUACCCAAGCAGGUAACGCCGGCCCCAGAGAAGGGAGGUCUCGGGUGGCAUCGCAGUCUGCCGGUUAUUUGCAGGGGAUCCAAGCACAACCUUGUCUUUAACGACUGCACGUCUGGAGGGAGUUUUGUACGUGAAAAAGGCGACCGUUCGCACCCUAUACGGGUUUCUAAUUUUAUUUUUUUUUCCGGAUGUCUGUGCGCCCGUCUUUAAUAUGCUGAACAGAAAAUCUGGUCCGGGGCUGCUGAGCGCGGCGGGCAGUAUCGAUCGCGGCAGGGUUGGGGAAAGGCUGCAGGCAGCUCUAGCGGGUCUGCAGGAGCUACAUUUGCUGAAGGAGAAGCAGGGCGACAUGGUGCACUGGGCCCUCCGGAUGAACCAUGAGGAUCCAUUGUCCUCCGUUCAACAAGAUGCCGAUGGACCGGUGAUCGGUACUGAAGAGCAGCGUCUGGAGGCGACGCUGGCAGCCCUUAAACAGCAACUGAUGCGGCUGCGCAGACAGGAUGUGGGGCUGAAGAGCCAUCUGCAGCAGCUGGACCAGCAGAUCAGUGAGCUCAAGCUGGAUGUGAGCAAGGCCUCCAGUGAACAUUUGGAGAGCGACAGCCGACCCAGCUCUGGUUUCUAUGAACUCAGCGAUGGCGGCUCGGGAUCACUGUCCAACUCCUGCACCUCUGUGUACAGUGAGUGCCUGUCCUCCUCCCAGAGCAGCCUAUUUCCUACUCCAUGCAGCCCUGGUCUGCUCACCCUGCCAGCAGGCAGGGCAGCGGAGGCUGCCCGCCCCCGCUCUGCCGACGAGAGCACCUCACGGGGCGAGCCCCCCAGGGUCAGCGGGGUACGGCAGCCUGGCUCCCGGAUCCGCACCGGGGUCGCAGAUCGGGCCAGACCCAGGCCGGUGUCCACAGGAGACUUGGAGAGACUUGUGACCCCCAGUCUGGGACUUUACAAGUCCAUAGAGUUAAAGAAGACUUCCCUGUGUGUCAAUCUACAACAGACUGCAGUAAACCCCAAGUACCGAAGUGACCUGCUCUCACGCAGUGGUGCUGAGGUGUACCGUUAUCCCAGCCCUCUUCAUGCUGUGGCCCUCCAGAGUCCCAUGUUCUCCCUGAAUGGAAAUGAAGUCAACAUCUCUGCAGAAACCCUGGAGUCCCAGGACGGAGGCACCCCAAGUGCUGAGAGUCCCGAAGGGGAUGAAAGGUCAGAGAGCAAGUCUGUGGGGUACAUCAACAAGAUCCUCCAGUGCAGUUUGAGUAAGGGCAACCUCCUAGUGCCCCAGCUACCAGUGAAGAGCCAGAAUGAGGCUCCUGCUGUGGGAAACAGAGCAUCAGCUGUCAAGGACCAGAAUUCAUGGAUGCCUUACAUGGGCCCUCAGGAGCUCCCUCUGGAGGCUGAGAAGACAUUGACUUCCCAGCGCAACCAACUGUCAGGUGACGGUUCUUCUUCUGGCCUGAAUCAGGUUGAGAACAUAUCCACGUCAUAUUGCCAGCUGUACCCAGCAGAUGUACAUGAACCAAAGACCAGGGCGGUCGCAACCAUCUCUGGCAUGCCAAGGGAUGGCAAGGAAGGGUCUGGAGAGCACCCCCACCAGGAGUUGAGCAGCAAGGAUGGAGAGAUGGCACGGUCUGCGAAAACACCCAGUGUGACCAGAACUUCCAGUGUCAAGGAAAGGCGUGAUCCUGAGGGAACCGUCCACACCACUCAGCCAGAGUUUGUUCACGCCCAGUUUGUGCCAGCUGGCUCAAGGCGUGUGAAAGUCAGGCAGGCAGAUAGGAAGACGAAGGCUGUGAAGCUGAGAAGGAGGAGCUCAGAGAGGCCCCGUUCGGCAAAGCAGCAGCAGCAACCGCAAGUGUACUGUGAUCGAGAAAAGGAGCCCAAUGGCAGGGGAGCCCGACACACAGAUAGGGGUCCCAAACAAGCAGGAGAGGGCCGAAUGUCCAGAGAUCCACCCACCCGCAUGGGGGAUGGAGGUACCCGGUUAUACUCUGAGUCAAACUCCAUGCCCCAUUUUACUUGCCUCCAGCCCCAAAUGGAACCCAACGCCAGAGUGAAAAAUAAUCCGCGGAUACAGCACCCUAAUUUGGAGCGCAUGUCUGCCGAUCCCAGCAGGAAGAAGCAAGUGGCCCGGAAGUGGCAGUUGGUUGCAGAGACCGGUCCCUGGCCUGCUUCUCUUAGUGUGGCUCAGGGUCAAAGGUCAAGGGAGGUUCCAGGGACGUCACGUAAGACGGGGCUUGUACGCAACGUGAGACCUCGCUCGGGGCCAUGGGUGGGCCCCCCACGCUCUCUCCACCCCUCGUCUUCAUAUCUCGGUAGCUAUGCCUUUCGCUACCCGGCAGCCUCACACUACCCACCGGCGAGCGAGUCGGGACAGUCCGAGUACUCUGCCGAUGGAGCGUCCCUCUUCCACUCCACCAUCGCUGAGAGCAGCGAGGGCGAGCUCAGCGACUUCACCACUAACCGCUUUGGCGACAGUGAGUCCAGCCAGGGUUCCCAGUCGCCGGGCGACUCCGACAGCAGCAUCUCUCUGGAGUAUGAUGAGGAGGAGGAGGAUGAGGAGGGCGGUCUGGUGUGGGCAGAGGCAGCAGUUGGCCCAACUACAGCCAGUGCAUCCAUGCGCCAGUCCUGUCCUGAGCCCCCAGCCUUUCGGAUCAAGGCCUCUCGAGCCCUAAAGAAGAAGAUCCGGAGAUUUCAGCCAGCUUCCUUAAAGGUGAUGACACUGGUGUAGCUCUGUCCAGUUGUUGCCACAGGAUGAAGAGCUGUCAUCUGUUGGACUGCUGUGUGCAUAUUGCUGGACUGCUAGUUGACUAGUGGGACAGUUCUAUUGACCUUUAUAUUGCUAAAACAUCAGGAACAAGUCAAGUCAAGCCAAAGAUCUUCGCUCCUGAGUAUUAUCUGAGUGUUUCUUCCUAUAAGCAUAAUCAAAGUAUGAAUACACAAUCCAUAUUCUUGCUAGUACCAGUAAUUAAUCAAGAGCCUAGAUAUCAUAAUUGUAAUCAUGUUUCUCUCUAGUGUUUCUACACAGCAGCUUUUCACAUGUAUGUGUGCAAUGUGUUUUCAAAAUAAAACACUUUAAUUUGAAAUGUGUUCAGUAUAUCAGUCCCCUCUCCCAUUAAACUGUUCUGUGAAGAUCUA